UUCGGUGGCCAAGCAUACAGCGACGUCAGCCACACUCGCGUUCUUUGCAGGGCAUUGGAUGGAAUUGAGUGUGCAGGACAGCGAACCUUUCUGCGUGGGAACAAGCCGUGCAUAAAAUACACUGGACACUACUUCAUUACCACCCUCCUCUACUCCUUUUUCUUGGGCUGCUUUGGAGUGGACCGCUUCUGCCUGGGCCACACAGGUACAGCAGUGGGGAAACUGCUGACUCUCGGAGGACUCGGCAUCUGGUGGUUUGUGGACCUGAUUCUUUUAAUUACCGGGGGACUCAUGCCCAGCGAUGGGAGCAACUGGUGCACCAUUUACUGAAAAGCUUAUCAUUUUGGUGGCUGAAAAGCUUAUCAUUUUGGUUGGACUUAAUCCCAAGCAGAAAAAGAAGAGGGGCAGCCUGGCUGACAUGACCUACUGCUUGUGAUAAGAUCCAUGAAGACCAAAGAGACUGGAGGCGGUGUAUUUAUUUUUUUUCCCACGGAACUGAGACGGGGGUUGAACAGAAAAAAAAAUGCCAACCACAAUUUCUGAGAUAUAUACCUCAUUGUUUCAAAGUUGUUCUUCUCCUUACGGGAAGACUACAUUUAUUUAUGGAUACCAUGCUGUUUUCGACGUGCCGUGCUCCACUCCCGUAUUUCAGCUUGUGCCAUGGUCGUUUCUGUAGAUGAGUCCCCAGCGCUGGGUUCUUGUUGCUGUGAGUUCAGAAGUUUUUAUAAUCAUUCCAUGCGGCUGGAAUUUGCAAGGUUUAAGGCCGUACUAAAAGAUGGUGAUGUGUAUUUGCUUUCAAUUUUAGGAGAGUGGCACUCUCUUCCCCCUUAGAGUGCAAGCAAGAAGUCCCUAAAUAAAGCCCCUCUUUAUGUCUUUGUGCAUAGAUAAUCUCCAACAAUCCUUCUCCAUUCUUAAAUUUCAUUUUACAAUGCAGGUAUGGAGAAGCAAGAGUUUCUUUAGGUAAAGUCAACCCCAGCAUAUGCUUGCUAACUGAACAAGCAGUGUCCUUCAUCCUUUAAAGCAGGGGUGAGGGACCAUGGCUCUUUUAUGACUUGUGGAUUUCAGUUCUCAGAAUUCCUGAGCCAGCCAGGAAUUCUGGGAGUUGAAGUCCACAAGUCAUCAAGGGCAUUGGUUUCCCUCACCGCAGGGGUGAAAUCCUCCCAGUUCAGCCGAACCGGUAGGGACGAUUGUUAGUUCUGCGAACCGGUAAUAAAAAAAA